UCUGCUAGGUGACUUUUGCUGUCCAUUGCUGAACAGUGUGUCAUGAUCGAAAUAGCAAAGGCACGAAGGGUAUGAUUUGCCUUCUGCCUCGAGAAGAGAGCAAUCCAGACAAUGUCUGCAAUCAGAGCAAUUGGUAGGGCGCUUUUUGCUGCAGUCAAGGCUGACACUUCAUCCGCAUCUUCUGCAGCUGCAGCUGCUGCUUCCACUGCUAGGACUAAACAUAACCCUCUUGAGGAUUUCUUCGAGGCUGACAGAAGUUCAGAUGACGACAAGCCUGUUGUAUAUGGUAGGGGCUGGAAAGCUUCUGAAUUGUGCCUUAAAUCAUGGGAUGAUCCUCAGAAGUUAUGGUUUGUUCUAUUAAAGGAGAAAAACAUGUUGAUGACCCAACGCCAGAUGCUUCAUGCUCAGAACCUACGUUUUGCAAAUCCAGAACAUAUCUCCAAGGUGUCUGUCUACCCUUUUGUAUAUCAAAGGCGGAUGCACCAUACAUCCGAUUUCUCUACCAUACAUGAUCACAAGGAACUUUUCGUGUAUCCUCCACAUGACAGAAAUAAUACUCUUAGUGAGGAUCAGAUCCCUUUGGAAAAAAUUAAGGAAUUAUAUAGUCCUCUCAUUCAUGAAUAUGAGUCCAGAUCGAAAGUUGCCAAAAAGAAAGAAGUGACUUGGAUGGAUUUUUCUAGACUGUUAAUCAACACAGAGGUUGAGAAACGCAUUUGGAUAGUUGAAGAAGUUCAUAGAAGGAACUUGCAUAUCGUGGACGGAUGUUUCAGUGAAGAUCCACCGAUUGCGUGUACUUGGCCUUUGCCCAAUGAAAGGUGCACUAUAGUUUCAGUUAUUGCUGGAUUUGACCCGAAGACGGGGACGAUAUUUUAUGGAAUCGUGAUACGGAAUGAACAUGGCGAAAUAUUGCUGAUACAAUGUCUGACUGAAGUCAUUGAAUCUUGGAAAAGAUUUAAUCCGCAUGAGGCUGAGGCUGAAGCUAUUCAUAGAGGCAUUAAGUUUGCAGAUAAGAAUAAGGAAAUGUUAGGAUAUGACAAGUUCAUAGUUGAAUCUGAUAGCAAAGAAGGCAUUCAUCGGGUUUCAAGAUGGGCAAGUGAAAAUUACCCAAAUUUUAAAUUGAGACACACAUAUCGCGAAUUAAUGGGGUUAACCCAACUCCUCAUCAACCUUGUGAAGGUCUCACCAGAUGUCCAGAAUCCCGAUUACGAGUCGAUUGAGAAGGAUUUAAAACCCAUUGCAGAAGGAUUCAAGGCUGGCAUGUUGCGCCUUAUAUUUCCAAAGUCCAGGAAGAGCAAGAAGGGAAGGAACCAGAAGAACAAGCGUGAGAAUUGAAUGAUGUUCAAGUUAAAGUAGUAGAGUGAGGUAUGCGCAAUUUUCUCUACCUUUUUUUUCCCUAAUUAUUUCAUUUCAAAGGUUUUUUUUUUCUAAAUUUUUUUGAAAAAGAUAGAAAACAAAGAACUGCUUCCGUGUGUUCAAUUUCUUUGAUAUCUACCCCUGUUGUGGUAUCAACUCUUUAGUGUGUUCAAACUCUUAGGUCUUUAGAUUUUUUUCUUGAUUUUUGUCGCUGAAACACAUAAGCAUGCGUGCAUUAUUAAACAUUUGAUGAGUUUGUAUAUUGUCGAUAGAUAGUAUCGGAUGAAGAAAUGCAGUAUUAAUGUUCAUCUUUUGUAGAAUCCCUUUUAUGUACUGGUAGUUUUGUUGCUUAGUAACGAUUUGGUUCAAUUGGGUCAAUUCCAGAUGGAGAUAUUUGGCUAUUUGCUGCCUUGUUUAUAGGUUUAUGUUCUGUUCAAUUAUUUGACAUU